AUGUCAGAAGGUAUAGCAAAAAAGCAGCCAGUUGAAAAACAAGAAAUUGUUGAAGAAGAUGGUGGUGCUCAAUUUCAAUCUUAUUUAAAUAAUGAUGGUAUUGAUGAGUUAACACCAUUAGAAAGAAAACAUCGUGUUUCAAAUUUAUCAUUAUCAGAUUUAAAUCAAUGGCAAAAUGGUUUAACAAAAUUAUCUUCAUCAACUUCAUUAAAUAAACAAAAUUCAUCAAGUAAUGCAAAUUUAAAAAAAGUUGAUUCAUUAGCUAAAUUAUCAAGAAAUUCUUCAAUUAUAAAAAGAAAAAAAAAAUCAGUUAUUGAUCAUGAAAGAGUUGCAAGUUAUGCUUUUUGUUUUGAUAUUGAUGGUGUUAUAUUAAGAGGUCCAAAUACUAUUCCUCAAGCUGUUGAAGCUAUUAAAUUGUUGAAUGGUGAAAAUAAAUAUCAUAUAAAAGUUCCUUCAAUUUAUGUUACUAAUGGUGGUGGUAAACCGGAACAACAAAGAGCUGAAGAUUUAUCAAAAAGAUUAGGUACUACAAUAACAAAAGAACAAAUUAUUCAAGGUCAUACUCCAAUGAAAGAUUUAGUUGGUAUAUAUGAAAAUGUUUUAGUUGUCGGUGGUGUUGGAAAUGUUUGUAGAAAUGUUGCUGAAUCUUAUGGUUUUAAAAAUGUUUAUACUCCAUUAGAUAUAAUGAAAUGGAAUCCUGCUGUAUCACCAUAUCAUGAUUUAACAGAAGAAGAAAAAACAUGUACAAAAAAUGUUGAUUUUUCAAAAACAAAAAUUGAUGCAAUUUUAGUAUUUGCUGAUUCAAGAAAUUGGGCUGCUGAUCAACAAAUUAUUUUAGAAUUAUUGUUAUCAAAGAAUGGUGUUAUGGGUACAAUGUCUAAAACUUUUGAUGAAGGUCCACAAAUUUAUUUUGCUCAUUCUGAUUUUAUUUGGGCAACAAAUUAUAAAUUAAGUAGAUAUGGAAUGGGUGCACUUCAAGUUAGUAUAGCUGCUCUUUAUAGAGAACAUACAGGUAAAGAAUUGAAAGUUAAUAGAUUUGGUAAACCACAACAUGGUACAUUUAAAUUUGCAAAUAAAGUUUUAUCACAUUGGAGACAAGGUGUAUUGGAUGAGCAUUUAAAGAAAUUAUCAAUUAAUGAUCCAAAUGCUGAUGAUGCUGAUAUUCUCAUUGAUGACUCAGGUCAUGAGAUUAUUAACCAAGCUAAAUUGGAAAAUUAUUCUUAUUCAGAUUCUGAAGAUGAAGAAGAUGAAGAUAAGAAAAAUAUUGGGAAAGUUGCUGAAGUUGGUAAACCUGAUAAAAUCACAUUACAAUUACCCCCUGCUUCAACUGUUUAUUUUGUUGGUGAUACUCCUGAAUCUGAUAUUAGAUUUGCAAAUUCUCAUGAUACAACAUGGCAUUCAAUUUUAGUUAAAACUGGGGUUUAUCAAGAAGGUACUGAACCAAAAUAUAAACCAAAACAUUUAUGUAAUGAUGUAUUGGAAGCUGUUAAAUAUGCCAUUGAAAGAGAACAUGCAAAAGAAUUAAAAGAAUGGAAUGAGACUGCUGAAGAUAAUGAUGAUGAUAAAGGUUCAAGAUUAAAUUUUGCUGAUUUAGUUAUGACACCAAGUGAAAAAAAAGAAAAAGAAGAAAAUGACAAAACUGAAUCAAAACCAAAAAGAGUACCUGAUGCACCUGAAGCUGUUGAAGUUCCAGUUACUUUAGAACAAGAAUUAGAAAAAUAUCAGGAGAAAUAG